UUUUUUUUUAACAAAAAUGUCAACAUCAACAAAAAAGCGACCUUAUUUAACAGGAAGCCAAGAUUUAUUAAAAUAUUUUAAUCUUAUACCCAUAUAUAAUAAAGUUGUUAAACCAUAUCCACCACCAAAUAGAGCUUCAGAAUUAGAUCCUACGUUGUAUUCAUACAUUUCGGAUUUACCUGGCAAAAUGGACAUGGAACCUGAUGGUUAUCUAUUAAACCUAUUGCGAGAUCCACAGGCAGUUGAGACAGGAUCAGAUAUUCGACCAUUAGACGCUGAUACACUUAAGGACGCGUUCACUUUAAGAGAGGGACCAAUACCUGGUUUUGAUGCAUCUAUAUUAGGAAAUGAAGAUGGAGAUUAUAACACUCCUAAUUCAGGCCAAUAUUUGGGUGGAGACUAUCAUAGUGCAACAGCUGGUGAAUUAGAUUAUAAUGGUGAAAGAAAACAUAAGAAAAAGAAGAAAAAGAGACGACACGGACAUGAACAUGAUGAAGAUGGACAUAGCCAUGGAGAUCAUAAAAAGAAAAAGAAGAAGAAGAAGGAUAAAGAGCGUAGAGAUGAAUAUAAUGAAUUUGGAGGAAACGAGUCACUUAUUAUUGAUUAAGUAAAUUGAUAUGAAUGUCUAUAUUUGUGGGGAGGAGGGGGGGCUCAUUUUUUUUAUUUCUAUAUAUCUAUAAUAAAAGUAAUCUAUGAUAAUAAUAAAAAGUUAUACAGUAAUUUUUUGUACAGAAGGAGCAUCAGGUAAUUGAGCUACCACAGCAUUUCGACGUCUGAGAGCAUAAACAGGUAAGUUAACAGUAUCACCAUUAUCCAAGGUCAUAGUUGCCUUUGCAUUUGGUUUUUGUUGUACCCACUGAGCAAUACAAGCAGCAGAUAAAUGUUGUAAUACUGUCUUGUCAUUAUUUUCUUGAUCGACUAUUUGAAUAGAAAAACGAUGAUUAUACAAGUAAGAUGGCAUAGUAUUAAAUAAAAGAAGAAGAAAAAGAAAAAGGAAAAGAAAAAAAAAAAGGAAGCGACUUUUAUUUUUAUUUUAUAUGUGGGUGGUGUGUGCGCAUAGAUGAUGCAUAUACGUAGU